GCCCGUCGCGUCCAGAAGAAGCAGCGACGAUAUCCUCUCGGACCUUGGAGGGUUACAUUUACCCAAAACUUAUUUUCAAAUGGGCCCCGUUGCCUAGCGUUUACUUCCCCCAGCCUCGCCGACUGAGUUGAAUUGGGUGCCACUGAACAUCAAGCACGUCUGGGUCACUGAAAGGUUUCCAUCAAGCACAGAACAGCAACCAACAACAGAAGAAUGGCAGCUAUUCCAGCAGGCGGUUCACUGGUGGCGACCACUGACUACUACCGAAGGCGCAUCGGCUCUACGUCCAGCAGCAGCUCUUGCGGCAGUUCAGAGUACAGCGGAGAGGUCAUCCCUCACCAUCCAGGACUCCCCAAGCAGGACUCUGGCCAUUGGUGGUCCAGUUUCUUCUUUGGGAAGCAGCCAGGGAUGACCCCACUGACUGAGGAGGCACAGCUGAAGGCGGGGGUUCCAGGUGCGGUGACGAAUGGUCAGAUCACCUGCGUUGCCAGGGAGAUGGUGAUGCAACGCCAGGUGAGUGAGAGCAGCGAUGCAGGAACCCCCACCUCCUCCUGAUCCUGCAGUCUCACUCCUAUCCACACCGCACCUCGGUGGAAUAGAACCAACAACCAACGCUAGGUGACGGGAGGAUGUCCCGUUUACAACCUUUAGUGUUUUUUUGUUUUUGUUUGUUUGUUUUUUGUUUUUUAUAUAUUAUUAUUAUUCAUUGUAGUAUAGGCUGCAUUAUUUGUUUUUGUUUUGGUAACCU